CCGACCCGACGCAAGCCGUGGCGCUCUCGCGCGCGCUCCACUCAGGAGCGUGGUCCGCGUGAGAUCCCUGACGGACCCGGCUCUGUGAGCGGUACCGUGUUGCGGUGGGAAGAGGCAGGCAGCGUAAUCCUGGGAGUGCGCUCGCGGUCCUGAUGUGGCUGAGGCGGCGACGAUGCCUCCGGCUCGCGGCAGUGCUCCUCUGUUCGGCGGCUCUCGUUGCAUUGCUAACGGGCGCAACGCAGCGGCGACGAAGACCUCAGGGGGGUGCGGAGGGUACACGGUCGGUCCUGGUGUUCAAUGAAGCCAGCUACAUGCAAGGAGAAUUCAGCGACGGCGGAGGUCCGACAAAAACGCACGCGUUCAACAUAGAGGCCAGCGCCCGGGUGUUGUCGGACCGCGACCUGCCAGACCCACGGCACCCGAGAUGCGAACGUGCAGAGCACGAUAUAUCCAACGGUGCAACCGUCAGCGUCAUCAUCAGCUUCCACAACGAAGCUAGGUCUGCGCUGCUCAGAACUGUCAUCAGUGUCCUGAACCGAACUCCAGAAGGUCUCCUUGAAGAAGUUAUAUUAGUCGACGACGCCAGCACUGACGAACAAGCCGGGUCGCUGCUCGUGGUCCUGCCCGGUGUCAAGCUGCUGCGGCUGCAGUGGAGGCAGGGCUUGAUUCGAGCAAGGAUUCGAGGAGCCAGCACGGCCGCCGGCGACCACCUGGUGUUCCUGGACUCGCACUGUGAGGUCAACAGGAGGUGGUUGGAGCCCCUGCUCGCUGCCGUCUUCCAGGAGCCAAAAGCUGUGGUCAGUCCCGUGCUCGACGUCAUUGAUUCACAAACGUUCGAGUACCGCUCUAGUAACCCACACCUAAGAGGCGGCUUUGGCUGGUCGUUGCGACGCCGGCGACUGAACAGCUCAGCGGCCAUUGACCCUGACAGCACCAGCCCAUUCACGAGUCCAGUGCUGCUGGGCGGGGUGUUCCUGAUCAGCCGAGAGUGGUUCGACCGGCUGGGCCAGUUCGAUCCGGGGCUGGAGGUGUGGGGCUCCGAAGACCUCGAGCUGUCGCUGAAGGCAUGGACGUGCGGCGGCCGGGUGCUGGUGGCGCCGUGCAGCCGCGUCGGCCACGUGCUCCGCAGGCGGCACCCCUACACCUUCCCCGAGGGGAACGUGCAAACAUCUCUCAGGAAUUCUAAGCGUGUAGCAGAAGUAUGGAUGGACGAGUACAAACGUUUCUUCUACCAGCGUCGCCCGGCGGCCACCGGCGUAAGUUGUGGUGACAUAAGCGACCGCCGGGCGCUGCGACGCAGCCUACAAUGCCGGAGCUUCGGCUGGUACAUCGACGAAGUCUACCCGGAAAUCAGGC